CGCCCAGUAGCGUUGAGUAAUGGCGAAACAAGAAGUGCAAGCCGCAAGAAUUUAGCGACUUCCGUGUUUUCUACGAACUUGGAUUUCACUGAAAUAUUUAGUUUGAGGGCUGAGAUCACUACAGACCUUCAAAAUGGCAACCCCAGCGCAGCAAGUGCAACUGACCCUGAUUGACCCGACGCAGCGGACGGAUCCAAAUAUCAUUCGUUUGGCCAUUGUGAUGGCUGGAAAGGGUGGCAAGCUCUAUUGCCUUGAUCAGGGUAAACCUUUGAAAGAGAUCGUGGAGGAGGUGUGUUCAGACUACAGCAUUAAUACAGCAACCGCCACAGAGUACGCAUUACAGUAUGCAGAGGGAGAGAAGUACAUCACAGAAGAAAACAGAAAGGAUCUCACCAAUGGGGACAUGCUUAAACUCACAGACUCGCCUAACAAGUCAGCACUGGACAUCUACAACAAACUUCAAUCCAGUACUCCAGAGGAUAUCCGUAGUGCCCUGGUGAGACUCUCUACGGCUUCCACCGACCUGACCUUUGCACAAGAUUUCAUUUCCAACCAUGGUGUGGAUCUCCUUGUUAAGAUGGUGGAGGAAGGCAACCAGAACGGAGAGCCUCUGUCACUGACACUCAAGUCUUUUAUUGAACUGAUGGAUCAUAAUGUCAUCUCCUGGGACACACUUUCUGCAAACUAUGUUAAAAAGAUCGCAUCGUUUGUGAACCGAUCAGGUGGAACAGAUGUGCAAGUCACAGAGAGGGCUUUAAAUAUACUUGAAAGCAGUAUCUUAAACAGUACCAAGCUCUACAAUGUGAUUGCCAAUGAGAUAACGUUUCACAACAUGACUCAACACUUGGAAAAUGCUCAAAAUCCUGGUAUCCAGCAGAAUUGUCUUGCCCUGAUGAAUGCUCUUUGUCUGAAAGCUCCAGAAGAUAGGAAAAAGAGAUUCGAAGAAGCGCUUUCAGCAAGAACAAUACGUGUUGUCAUCAUGGAGAAAAUAAUCCGCUCUCAGAACAUUGGAACAGAGAUGACCCACCAGCUAUACGUCUUCCAGCAAUUGACCUUUAACCUUUUGGAGAAGCGUAGAAUGACUCAUAUUGACACAAGUAGUACUAAACAUAAAGAGUUCAUUGAAGAACUGCGAUCACAUGCCUUUGGUCACGAUAUGGAUUCAACAAGGGGUCCUGCUAAUGAUUACAAGAGAUUGGGCUUUCAGAAUGCAGAACACCCUAUCAAGGAUUUCAUGGAAGUCCCUCCAGGAUUACUAGCCUUGGAGUGUACCACACACUUUGCCAAUGAGCACAAUGAGGAUUACACAAGGGUUGUGCUAGAAAACUGCUCUCGAGCAGAUGAACAUGAGUGCCCCUUUGCCCGAUCUAGCAUCGCCCUUACCAAAAUGCUCUGUGAAAUUCUCAGAGUUGGAGAAUCACCCAAUGAAACGGGAGCAGAGUACUAUCCAAUGUUCUUCUCCUGUGAUAGUUCCUUUGAAGAAUUCUUCUGUCAAUGUAUCAAGCUUUUCAACAAGACAUGGAGAGAAAUGAGAGCAUCCCUGGAAGAUUUCCCAAAGGUGAUGAAUGUUGUCCAGGACCAGAUCAAGAGAGCCCUAAAGGUAAAGGAGCAGUACAAGCCAACCACCAUGGAGAACUUCUGGUCCAAGCUGCAGCACUUCAACUACAGUGAGAUCCUCAAGCUCAGGCACCAGGAAAGGGACAACAAGGAGGAAGGCGCGGCCCAAGCCAGGCCAGUUGUAGACCUAAGGAAUCAGAUCAAGCCUGAAAUGAUAGAGCUCAUCAAACAACAAAGACUACGGUUCCUAGUUGAAGGAACCAUGUUCAAUAAAUACAAUCAAAGAGGACGUGCCCAAGAUCGAUUUUGGUUCUGUCGUCUUUCACCUAAUCAUAAGAUGAUACAUCAUGGUGAUAUAGAAACUCACCAAUCACCUCCAAGCUACGAAGCUCUCACCAACAAGAUUGCUGUGGCUGAUAUUCAAGAGAUCCAGACAGGGAAGGACUGCCAGCAUGUCCGCAAUGUCAGGGUUGAUGGUAGCUUAGCCUUCUCCAUCUUACAUCAACUAGACCAUCGUCUAGACUUCAUUGCCAGGUCACAAGAGAUGUUUGACAUGUGGACGGACGGUCUGAACGUGCUCCUAGGUAAACCCAUGCAGAGCAAGCAGAAGGAGGCAGACCUGGAAGCACUUCUUGGGAUGGAGAUGAAGAUUCGUCUCUUGGACAUGGUUAACAUCCCCAUCCCCACAACGGCUCCCGUCAUACCACCCCCACCCACAGAUUACAACUUUUAUUAUGACCAGAUAUGAAUCAACCCCCCC